AUGCUCAAAACGACUUUAUUCGGCCUCAUUCUUUUCCUGCCGUCUUUGGCCUUGGGUCAAGGGGUUGGCUCAUCUAACCCGGACACCGACCUCCUCAUCGCUGAGCGAGGACUGAUUGAGAACCAAGACAUCGAAAUUGGCCCUCUGCCCCGAACCAUCGGACUAGCUCCAGAAGGGAGGAGGCCGCGAGAUCGGCGCGUGAGCCAAGGGUACUGGUUCGCCAAGGCCCAAGCGGCCGGCCAGGAAGCCUACAACGCCCAGUACAAGCAAUGGGUGGGCAACUACAGCCUGCCGGCCAAGGUCAUCGCCGUGGCCAAGCAGCCCCAGCUGUGCAGCAAGCUCCCGAGGACCGUGGUGGACGGGUGCAAGAAGGGCGUCCGGGCGCAGGUGGCAUACUGCAAGCAAGCGCUGCGCGACACCAUUGCCAAGUGCAAGCAAGACGUCCGCGACGGCAUCGCCAGGUGCAAGAAGAGGAAGCCCUUCUACCAGGCCUGGACCUGCGAGGUCGACCGGCUCAAGAUGUUGACCAAGUGCGAGACGCAGCGCUACGACAUCCCCUUCUGCGAGUUCGACCGCAUCAACAGUGUCUGCUGCGAAGGCACGAGACCGCAGCUCGCCGGCAUGUGCGCCGCCGGCAUGUCGCGGGACCAGCUCCAGAAGCAGAGCGACAAGGUGCAGGCCAUCUGCAAGAUCGGAUCGGCGAUCGCAAAGUCGGCUGUCAAGUCCUAUAUCUCGGGGGCGGCGCUGGGAGUGCUCAACGAGGUCAAGUCCGUCAAGGAGAUUGGCGAGACUGUAGCGUACGCCCAGAAGUUUGGGGAGAAGGUCAAUGAGUACAAGAAAUGGUCCGAGGGCAUGAUAGCUGCUGCUGAAGGCCGGAUGGCCGACGCUCAGAAGGCGCUCAUUUCUCUGGCGCCGGAAAUCAACGCCAACAUCAACGACGCCAUCAAGUGGAAGGCGGCCGCCGAGGCUGCGAUGAAAGGCCAGAUCGACAGGUUCAUGACCAACGCAGUGACGCUUGUCGGCGACCUCAAUGCGGUCCAGGAGGCCGUGGACACGAUUGAAAAGCUGCAAGGCGUCGCCGACGACUUGAGAGCGAUCAAGGAGGCGGCUGAGGAGUGUGUCUCGGUGCCAUAUGGCAUAUCCCCCAAGACUUAUCCGGGCUGGAAGGACGUCUACUCGCAGGAGUCGCUCGAGGCUGCGGUAGCCAAGUACAAGACUGUCUACAAGGAGGCGUUGCAGAAGGCUGCCAAGUGUCGCAGCGUCACCAUCAGGGUUCGACGACUUGGUGUGUAG